AUGAGUGAAGAGACAGGGCCCGAAAGGUUUCAACUACCUCGAACCUUCUCCAAAAAUAACUCUCGCGAGUUCAACUCCAGAAUCGGCGUGGGCGAACUUCCAGCUCUUCCGGCCUUGGAAGCUGAAUCUAAGAAUGACCCUACAGAGAUAAGCAGUUUGCGGCCUCCAAGAACACCACAGUCUCAAUUUGUGGAGUUUAACCUCAGUAGUGGUCUGCCAGAGCCUCAUAUAGUGAGCAGCGAUGAUCUUACUAGAAAUCCAGAACAUAAAGAGGCAGAUGCUGCAGAUGAGUUAAGCGACAAGGAAGAGGAGGAGGAGCCACAGGCUAAGCCAGAGGAAGAUUUCUUUAGUUCUAACACUGACGGGUGGAAGUCGAUGAAGAAGGUUGCUAAACAGGAUUACUAUGACGAUAGAGGUAAUCUUGAGUUCACUCGUGAUAAUGAGUUUGAACUGCUUGAACACAGAGACGCUAGAGGAUACACUAAAAUCGAUACCGAAGAGCAAUUGAACAAGUACGCCAGACUUGAUGAAAAGACCAACUUUCUUUUUGAGCUUCAGGGUCUGCGUGACAAGACUGCUGAGGAUGAAGAUGAUGAGACGUUUGACUAUGGUGAUGAGGGGAUCGAUUCCAAGGAGACGCUUGCUGGAACAAGAGGUCUCUUGACCGAAUCACAGAAAUUUGCAUACAUCGGAAUGGUGAAACUCAUUACGGUUGACCAGGCUGCUUCGUUGGCUAAGCUCAACCAAAGGACUACCUUUAGAAUGUCCAAACCAAUGGGUCUCGCCCAGAAGAACUUUGCCAACUGGACAAAGUACAUUAUGAACAAGCUUGAAGAGCACUUGGAUAUCAAUAAGCAAGAGAAAAAUAUGAUCGAUAACUUGAGUACGCAUGGCGUGCAAGUUGAAGACUUAUCGCAGAGCUUGUUGAUGCUUGAGACACAGAAACCUAUUGUGAACAAGCUAUCCAAAGACUUUGAUUUGAGAUGGGUCCUUGUUUGUGACUUGUUUUUGCUUUUGCUUAGCGAUGGGUAUUUUGAUAGCAGAUCGAGAACUCUUUUCAUCAUAUUUGCAAACUACUUGGGCAUUUUGAACAUUGAAGUAUACCAGUUCGAGAGAAGGCUCAUUGAGAGCUUGGAAAUGGAUACAGGCCAGAAGAGUAUUGAAAAUAGAGAUGAUAAGUUGAGCGACAGACUGUUUAUCGAUAAGCAUAUCCAGAAGAAUAAGAGAAAGAGAUUGGCAUACAUUGGUAUGGCAACGAUUGGUGGUUCCCUUGCCAUUGGUUUAUCUGCGGGAUUGUUAGCUCCUUUGAUCGGCGCCGGUUUGGCUGCUGGUUUAACCACUGUUGGUAUCGGAGGAACUGGUGGUUUCUUAGCCGGUGUUGGUGGCAGUGCCAUUAUUACUACUGGUGGUGUGGCCGCUGGUGCAAAAAUGGGAUCCAAAGCUGGUGCAAGAAGAACGGGUGAUGUUCAAACAUUCGAACUUAAACCAUUGCACAAUAAUAAGAGAACAAAUCUUAUUAUCACGGUCAGUGGAUGGAUGAAUGGUGACCUAGAUGAUGUUCGUCUUCCUUUCUCCACAGUUGACCCUGUCAUGGGUGAUAUGUUUUCGUUGCUUUGGGAACCAGAGAUGUUGAGAUCUAUGGGUCAGACUAUUGGUAUCUUGGCAACUGAAGCAUUGAGUACCUCUAUUCAGCAGAUUCUUGGUGCCACUAUCCUUUCUGCCUUGAUGUCGGCUAUCCAACUUCCAAUGGCUCUUUCUAAGCUUUCUUACUUGCUUGAUAAUCCUUGGAAUGUUUCUCUUGACCGUGCCUGGAAAGCCGGAAAGAUCUUGGCUGACACCUUGAUGUCGGGUAACAUGGGUGUUAGACCUAUUACAUUGGUUGGUUUCUCGCUAGGCUCCAGAUUGAUUUACUCUUGUCUCAUUGAACUCGCUCAACGUGGUGGAUACGGUCUUGUUGAGAAUGUUAUUUUGUUGGGUAACCCAGUUGCAGUGAAGUAUGAACAGAUCACGUUGGCUCGUUCCGUUGUCAGUGGUAAAUUUGUCAAUGGUUACUCUAAGAACGAUUGGAUUCUUGGGUACUUGUUCAGAGCUACAGGCGGUGGAUUGCUGACUGUCGCAGGUCUUUCACCAAUUGAGAACAUUCCUGACGUGGAAAACUUUGACUGUACUGAGCUUGUGGAGGGACAUAUGUCGUACAGAAAAGCUGUUCCUAAGAUUUUGAGAUUGAUGAACUGGGAGGUCUUGAGUGAUGAGUUCGCUGAAAUCGAAGAACCUGAUCCAGAGCAAGGUGAAAGACAAAGACAGCUCAUUUCUGAGUUUGAUGAAGCCAGAGCCAAGAUGGAGAAGGAAAAGAUUGAGGAGGCCUCGAAGGAACAAAAAUCUUGGAAGAGCUGGUUCAAGCCCAAGCAGAAGAACUGGUGGGGUGUGUACGAUGAAGCCGCCAAGCAGGAGGAAGAUAAGAACGGAAACGGUGAAUUUGAAGAAUAUGAAGAGGGCACCGGAGGAACCACAGGAACCCAGAGACGUCAAGAACAAGAGCAAGAACAGCAACGUGCCGAGGCCAUUUUUGACGUUAGUGCAUUAGCAGAAGAGAUUAAUGACAUUGAAAAGAUCAGUGAACAAGAUCCUGAACAGCUCAAGAAGGUCCGCCAGGAAGUGGACCCAAACCAUAAGGAAUUGAAGAUGAAUGAGGAUGUUGAGCUUGAGAAAGAACCGCCUACUUCGGUGUUCCAGAACCUCAAAACCAAGAUUCCAAACCCCCUCAACAAAGAGAAAAAGCAAGAGGAAGCUUAA